AUGCGACAAGUGUCAGAGGUUCGCUCCCAUGAUCCACCAGCCCAGCGAACAAUUGCAUUCCGUUUUAACACCAUGGCCAUUCAUGAAAUGGGGAAUGGACAUCGUCGGCCCUUUGCUAACGGCGCCAGAAUCCUGUCGACGCCAUACCACCCGUGUGCAAACGGCCAGGCUGAAUCUACGAAUAAAACCAUCAUUCAAAACUUGAAAAAGAAAUUGGAGAGCACCAAGGGAAAAUGGAUAGAAAGGCUGCCCGAGGUGCUAUGGUCAUAUCAGACAACUCCAAAAUCAAGCACCGGGAAGACACCCUUAUCUCUAGUAUAUGGCGCCAAAGAACUAAUACCAGUGGAGGUCGGGGAACCAAGCGCCAGAUUCCGGCACACCAAUGAGGGAUCGAACAAUGAAACCAUGGCAACUGCCCUCGAGCUACUAGUUCGGAUGGCUGCCCAGAAGCAGAAAAACAAAAGAUACUACAAUAGAAGAACAAAUAUCCGAUACUUCGGGAUCAGAGACUUGGUCUUGAGGAAGCCUCAAAGGUUGCAUCCAGGCGAUUACGAGUCCCCUGACGGCCCUUUCUUGACGGUGUCACCUCUCUCCGGGGAUCUACCCCCAUUUUUAACACCGCUCGAGCUGCCUUCAAAUGCGCCCCCGAUGGUCAGCCUUCAGGAGCCCGACCAAGUACAAUUCACGGCUCGAGGUAAACUUGGACCAGCCCCCUCGAACGUCCCCUCAACGCAAGAAUCUGCGACGGCAGCUCCUCCCCCAUGCAAAGAUACAAGCUCCUCGGCCUCAGCUUUAAUCCGAAACAAUGCAGCCACCAGCUUGGAAUGA